AUGGCUUUCUUUUCACACACCGGCUUCUCGCCACUCCUCCAACUCCUCGAUGACUAUGAGGGUUGCCGGAAACCUCAGCCACCCACCUUCGCACCAGCAUUUGACGUGCGGGAAUUAGAUGACAGCUAUCAUCUAGACGGCGAACUCCCUGGUGUGGACCAAAGCAACAUCGAGAUCGAAUUCACCGAUGCACACACGCUCGUCAUCAAAGGUCGCAUCGAGCGCAACUACUACAACAAUGAAGACAUGGCUCCAAGCCGCAGCCCAUCUCCGGGCUGGCACCAGCCUACAGUCGAGGAUGAGGAUGCAGAGUCGAUUGCUACUACGGCUGACACCGUUUCAUCUCAUGGGAAAGCUCAGCCUUCCCCGGCCCAUUUCUGGGCUUCGGAACGUUCUACCGGUGAUUUCCAGCGCACAUUUUGCUUUACUGCUCGUAUUGAUCAGGACUCUGUUCGGGCGAGCUUGAAGAACGGGAUUUUGUCAGUUGUUGUGCCUAAACAGACUAUUCCCAAGACGAAGAAGAUUCGUAUCCUGUGA